AUGGAGAGCUGCAAGACGAACGCCAUGGCCAACGUCUCCGGAUGCAAUUCCAGCGCGAUGCCCAUGGAAUGUUACAUGGUCCUCAGUGGGGCAGCUCGGGCCGUCAUUGCCGUGCUGUGUUGUGCCGUCGGGGGCCUCUGCAUUUCGGAGAACUCCUUGGUGCUGUACCUCAUAUUUUCUUCCCGAAAAAUCCGGAACAAGCCUUGCUACCUCUUUAUAAGCAGCCUGGCCCUGGCGGAUAUCCUAGCCAGUGUGAUCUUUGCCUGGAGCUUUGUUCAUUUCCAUGUUUUCAAUCGGGUUGAUUCCUCAAAGGAAGUCUUCUUGCUCAAGCUCGGAGGGGUCAACGCAUCCUUCACGGCAUCUCUCGGCAGCCUGCUGCUGAUGGCCUUCGACCGGUACAUCUGUAUCUUCAAGCCAUUCCGGUACAAGGUCAUCGUGACGAGUCGAAGGGCGCUGGGGGCUUUGGUGGUGCUGUGGGUCUCCAUCACGUCCCUUGCCUUCUUGCCUCUCCUGGGCUGGAACUGCUGCAGCCUCCACUCCGCCUGCUCAGAACUGUUUCCUUUCAUCGAUAACACCUACCUCCUGAGCUGGCUUGCCUUGGUGGUGCUUCUUCUGGCAUCGAUCAUGUACACCUACAUGCAUGUCCUCUGGAAGGCCCGCAAGCACGCAUUGUACAUGGAAAAGCACCAUGCCCAAACCGGCCAGCAGAACACGAAGAUGAGAAUAGACAUCACCCUGGCCAAGACCUUAGUGAUCGUCCUGGUGGUUCUGGUGCUGUGCUGGUCACCGGCUUUGGCUCUCAUGGCCUACAGCAUCUUUGCAAAACUGGACAACUCCACUAGGAAGGUGUUUGCUUUCUGUAGUACCCUGUGUCUGGUGAACUCUAUGGUCAACCCCGCUAUCUACGCCCUACGAAGCAGGGAGUUGUACUCCUCUCUGAGGAGGGUCUGCUCCUGCCGCAAGAAGAUGCCGGGCAUGUCAGAGAGCAACCCAGAAGCAGAGAGCACGCAGAGGUCCAUCCCGGUCGAAAACACUUGCAACGAAUUUGUCGGCAGCUCAGGGCUCAGAGCUCUCGAUGCAUAGAAAUCGAUGUUUCCUCUUCCUGUCUGAAGCGACU